AUGCUUCUGAAUCCAUUCCGGCCAUGUGAGGGUUCUCCAACCUUUCAAGAGGAAUAUCGCGGCAGCUACGUGCCACAAUUUAUCGAAACAGAGUACGGCCUCCAGGUGGUAGCACCAGAUACUCCAUACGUAGCAGCCGCAGGCCCAAACCAGUUAUAUUUUAUCGACACCCGGUUCGAUACUGAGACUGCAAGGCACAUAAAGGAACAAAUAGAGAGGGCAUCUGUGCCGAACAUGGACGAAUAUAUCUCUAUAGACGAGCUUUCAGCUACAGCGGAAGUGAAAAACUUGGUGACAGGCGAAACGACAUUCGUAUUCGAUCCCCCUUAUGCCAGGGUGCUGUUUGCAAGAGGAAUGAACAAGCGCAACCCAGACCUCAAACUGCCUCAACAUGAAACUGCUGGCGAUUGGUUGGUGACUUACGACCGCAGCACUACAUUGGCGAAGAGCAGCGCACCGAUAACGAAUGCCGCCGGCAUAUGCCACAUAGUCUGCAUGAAGGCGGCCGACAAACCAAAGGAAGAGGGAGAGACAGACGCCAGCUACUAUCAACGCAUGGACAAGUUGCACUGGGAGUAA